AUGAUAACGUUCAUGUUAGUGUUAGCGGCGAUUAUCGCUCUAUACUUAUACGGAACUAAAACUUUCAACUACUGGAAAAAUAAAAAUGUGAAACACGAUAAGCCGGUGCCAUUCUUCGGUAAUAAUACAAACAAUUAUAUGAUGCGGUCGAGCGUCACCCAGCUGGCUGUGGAGACCUACUGGAGGUAUCCGACCGAGCGAGUGGUGGGCUUCUACCGAGGACUGAGACCCGAGCUGGUGGUGAGGGACCCCGAACUGGUGAAACGUAUCCUUGUAACAGACUUCGCCAGUUUUUAUCCGCGCGGUCUUAACCCGCUUAAAGAAGUCGAGCCGCUGCUACGGAACCUGUUCUUCGCUGACGGAGACCUGUGGAGACUUCUGAGACAGCGCAUGACACCCGCCUUCACGAGCGGCAAACUGAAGGCCAUGUUCCCGCUCAUCGAGGAACGAGCCGAGCGACUCAGAAGCCGCGCGCUAGCUGCAGCCACCGACCGCCGGCCCGUGGACGCACGAGACCUCAUGGCGCGGUACACUACGGACUUUAUAGGUGCUUGCGGGUUCGGACUCGACUCCGAUUCGCUGCAGGAUGAGAAUUCUGCAUUUCGGAAGCUCGGAGCUACAAUAUUCAAUGUAUCCGCUAAAGAUGUUAUCGUCGCAAUUCUCAAAGAGAUGUUUCCGAGAAUUUUCAAAAAUUUGAGAGUUUUGUCUCGUCUGGACACGGAGAUGAUGGCGCUCGUGAACGAAGUACUACGACAGAGGAACUAUGAGCCGACAGGAAGAAAUGACUUUAUCGACCUGAUGCUGGAAUGUAAGAAAAAAGGAACAAUCACUGGUGACUCGAUCGAGAGAGUGAGUGUUGACGGCUCGCCGGAAAGAGCGACCAUAGAGAUGACGUAUGAGCUGAUCGCCGCUCAAGUAUUCGUAUUUUUCGCCGCCGGCUUUGAGACCUCAUCCUCCGCCACGAGCAUCACACUACACGAACUGGCUCAUCAUCCGGAGGUUCAGAAAAAGAUUCACAGAGAGAUAGACACGGUGCUCGCGAAAUACGAAAACAAGCUCUGCUACGAGGCUAUAAAGGAAAUGACCUACCUGGAGUGGGCUUUCAAAGAGGGGAUGAGAAUCUUUCCAUCUCUAGGGUUCCUCGUGAGACAGUGCGCCAAACGGUACACCUUCGAAGAACUCAACCUUACCAUAGACGAGGGAGUCAAAGUCAUAAUCCCACUUCAAGCUCUGCACAACGAUCCUGAAUACUUCGAUAACCCGACCGAAUUUCGUCCGGAGAGGUUCGACCCGAGUAACUCCAGCGGCCGUGACAAGUUCGUGUACCUCCCGUUCGGCUCGGGUCCGCGCGCGUGUGUCGGUGAGCGGCUGGGAGUGAUGCAGUCCCUGGCGGGGCUGGCGGCCGUACUGUCCCGGGUGAGGGUCCAGCCCGCGCCGGGAGCUCCGAGGAACCCUCGUGUAGACACACGCUCCAACCUUGUGCAGGUCGUGCGAGGAGGUCUACCGCUCAUAUUCACUGACAGACGAACUGAUUAA